UCCUCUCCGCCCCGACACUCAAAAAGUCAGUGAGCAGCGCGCGCGUCUCAUUCUACCUGCUGAACGCGCGCUGAUCAAAGCAUGGCCAAAUCUCAGUCGAGACGCUGCUGCUUUUGCAUACUCGCUUUAGUGUGCUGUGUUGUGAUUAUCUGCAUUUGCAUCAUUUUAGCCACCAAACAGAGAUGCGCGUUUACGCAAGCUGCUGUUUCUGCGGACUCUUCCAGGUGCUCCGACAUCGGCAGGAACAUGCUGCUUGAGGGGGGCUCAGCGGUGGACGCAGCCAUUGCAGCUCUGCUCUGCACUAGUUUGGUCAACCCACAGAGCAUGGGUUUGGGUGGAGGGGCCAUCUUUACCAUUAUGGACAAAACAGGCAAAGUGAAAAUCAUCAGCUCAAGAGAAACAGUCCCAAAAGGUGUCCAAGCGGAUCUGCUGAAUAAGUGUCCGAAAACCUUUACAUUUGCUACAGGAAGUCACUGGAUAGGUGUACCAGGAGAACUCCGCGGCUAUGAAAAAGCUCAUCAGUUGUAUGGAAAGCUGCCCUGGGCCAAACUAUUCGAGCCCUCCAUCAAGCUGGCACGAGAGGGCUUCCCCAUGCCAGCCUACCUCGCUUAUUUCUUGAAGCAAGAUUUAAUUAAAAAACUGAUUCAUGGCACUGAACUCUGUGAACUGUUCUAUAAGGACAAGACAGUUCUUAGCCCAAGGGACACCCUCAAGUUCCCUCAGCUGGCAGAAACCAUGAAAACUAUCUCCAAAGAAGGAGCCAAUGCCUUUUACACUGGAAAAAUCGCCGAGGACUUGAUACAGGAUGUACAAGAGAGAAAUGGAAUGUUAUCAUUAGAAGAUCUGAGCACUUUUCAGGUCAGAGUCAAUGAAGCGUGGUCAGUCCAACUUGGUGAUUACAAGAUGCACUUCCCUCCUCCACCAGCAGGAGGAGUGAUACUCAGCUUUAUACUCAAACUAAUGCAUGGAUUCAGGCUUUCUCCAGCCUCUAACCAAGGGGACCAGAAAACCUUGAAUUUGCAUCGGUUCCUUGAGGCGGUUAAGUUUGCGAAUGGACAAAAGCACAACCUCAAAGACCCCAACUUCGACUCCAGAAAAAAUAUGGAGUACAUCAAAGAUGAGAAGUUCAUUGAGCGUAUCAAGGCUUUGAUCACUGACGGCUCCACGCACGACGCCUCCUUCUACAACAUCACGCCGACAGUCGACCGCUUUGGCACCACACAUGUUUCAGUGAUGGCAGCAGAUGGCACUGCUGUGUCAGUCACCAGCACCAUCAACCACAUGUUUGGGUCAACUGUUUUCUCUCCUAAAACGGGUAUCAUCCUCAACAACGAGCUAGCUGACUUCUGUGGCCGAGCAGAUUCUGUCACACCAGGCGAGCAGCCUCCCUCCUCCAUGGCUCCUACCAUCCUGCAGUCCCAGGAGAAGACUGUAGUGAUUGGUGGAUCAGGAGGAAGUUUUAUCACCACAGCCAUGGCGCUGUCCAUUAUGAACCACUUGUGGCUUGGGAUGAACUUUAACGAAUCUAUCGCUGCUAAAAUAGUAUUUGUGGACUCCAACAACAAUGUCCAAUUUGAGCAUGGAUACGACAGUUCUUCUAUCGAUGCAAUGCAAAAGAUAGGACACAUCGUGAAGAACAACACGUACCCAUUUUUCAAUGUGGUCAAUGGCAUCUCGAAAGAAGGGCAGUGCAUCAGUGCCGUAUCUGACGCCAGGAAGAGUGGCAGGUCAGCGGGAUACUGACCCUGCCUCUGUUUGUGCCGUCAGCUGUUAGAGACUGGUGUAGUGAUUCAUCAGGCCUGGGAGGAGUGAGGGUGGAAACAAAGGGUCAGCGCUCUCUUUCAGCGACGCCUGUAGACACCAUAAAUUCAAAUAUGGGGUGAUUGUGCACAAUGGUGUGCAUUUGUCCAUCCAUGUCCACUUUUGUUGGACUUUUGUUGUUACAGUAACAUUUGAGUGCAUGUAAAUAUAUUUUGUAUGUCAGGGAGACAGGGGCUAGUUGUCACACAGAGGAAGGCUUGCAUAUCAAAAACCACACUGGCAUUCAUUUAGGAAAGAGUCAACUAUAUAAUGAAGGUAGAUUUUAUCUGAUAGGCUGAACUGUGUUGGUAGGACAUUUUUUUGACCAUAAAUGUCAGGUUGGGGCAAGUUGUUGCACAUGGUAUAGAGUGCUGCAGCGAUUAUGUAUUUUUGUAGGCCAACCCAGAAAGCCUCGACAGAAACCAAACUGGAUUUUUCCACUUGCUUUUGGAUAAUUGCAGAAAAUAAGCUCUGUGACCAACAAAAGCUUAUGAUUCUUACACAUUUUGUUCAUCUUCACAAAUAAACUUUUAUACAUUUUGAAGCCUAAAUACAAUCGGCAGAAGUAUAAAGGUGCUUGCACACUGCGUAGUUCUAGGAACUUAGUUCUAGGAACUAGCCAACAGGGUCGUUCCUAGAGAAACAAUCUCCCUCUCAGGCUGUUUUUCUGGUUGCAUUCGCACUGGCAGCAGGAACUCUGAAGCGGCUGACAGCAACGUCUUUAUUCACGCCAUUUACAAACCUCAACAACCAGUGAACGGAGGACACCGUGUUCGGAGCUGUUUUUGUUGUGUGUCGUGGGUUUCGCGAUAGCGGAGAUGGAAUGUAAAUGCACAAUUUACGCGAUUGAACGAGCAUGAAAAUCUGAAGUAGGAGCUAAAUUAAUUCCCCCAAACGGAGUUCCUA